AUGACGUCGCACUGGGAGGAUUUUUAUGCUACUCAUCUGCCACCAAACUGCUUUGAAGAUAAUCGAUCGUUGCUGAAGGAAUUCUGUGACCGCCACUACAAGUUAAAGAGCCACAUCGUACUAAUCACGUCCGGCGGUACGACCGUGCCUCUAGAACACAACACUGUCCGCUUUGUGGAUAACUUUAGCGCUGGGAAUCGUGGCUCUGCUUCUGCCGAAUACUUCCUCGAACAUGGCUAUGCUGUUAUAUUCAUGCAUCGGACUAAAUCUUUGGAACCGUUUUCACGCCAUUUUACCGGCCAACAAUUGUUAGAUAUGUUAGAGCUACACGAGGAAGGCAUGAGCACUUCAAUCACUGUAAAACCUGACUCUGUGGAUGUGUUAGCACCAGUGCUGGAUAAAUAUAAAAAUGCUCAGGAAACGCAUCGCAUGCUGUACAUUACAUUCACAAGCGUCGUGGACUAUAUGUGGCUUUUGCGCGCGGCCUGCGAGUCGUUGGCCACCUUCGAUCGGAACGCCGUGCUCUUUCUGGCUGCGGCUGUUUCCGAUUUUUAUGUGCCGCAGGACGAGAUGCCGACUCAUAAGAUCCAGUCCGGUCACGGCGCUCCAACAAUUUCACUCCAGCUCGUGCCAAAGAUGUUGGCUCCCCUCGUAAGUCUUUGGGUGCCGCACGCUUACGUCGUCUCGUUCAAGCUCGAAACGGACGAAGCGUUGCUAAUUGCAAAGUCCCGCGAAAGUCUGAACAAGUACAAGCACAAACUCGUGAUCGCCAACAUACUACAGACUCGCAAAAACCGUGUCGUGUUCGUGACGCCGAACACCAACUACGAAAUCGUGCUGACGAAGGAUCAAGCUCUGACCGGGCUUGAGAUAGAGGAACCGAUCGUGGCCGAUGUGGUCCGGAGACAUCAGGACUACAUCCGCGAGGCAGAGCAGCAAACGCAUCAAUGACCCACGCGUUCGACCCGACCCCCGUCCAGCAGUGGCCCCGGGGUGCAGGUCGAUUGUCACGUUACGUUACCUCAUUUCUGCAAAGUGUUAAAUCCGGGACGAAAGUACUAGCUGCCACAAUCACCUAUAAUGGUAAACGUGUUGCAUAAAGCCUGCAACUCGAUUUAUUACUUCGCGUUAAAUGAGAGAAAAGGUUAGAGAGAGGGAGAAAGAAGGAGAAAAGAAAGGAUUAUGAAAAACUGUUUUUCCUUCCUUUUCUCUGAGAAGUGUUAAUUGAUAAUUGAAAGAAAAGAAACCAUCAGCUAGGAAAGUUUAAAAGUAAAAAGCCAAUACUCUAUAGACUGGAGAUGUGUGAAUGAAUCGACGGAUUUGAUGAUUAUGUUACGUUUAUUAUCAUACUAUCACAUUCCAUUGCUUGUGAAUAUGAGAAAACGCUCCGGUUUGGGGUUAUGCUCGGAAUUGUUAUUUCAUUUGGGUAAUUAUUUGCUCCUAUAGGUUCAUUAAAGUGGAUCGGGUUUUCCAGAAAGGACAGAAUGAAAAUUGUAUAAAAGAGUUAUUCAUUUGUUUUUUUUUAUUUCGGAUGAAAUCUUUGAAAAUUACUUGUAACUCUAGAAAAAUGGAAAAAGAAACACCAUAACGAUAUCUGUGUUGUCGGGCCAAGGGGUGAGUUAAAAGAAAAAGAUGUGGAAGAACUGAUUGAAACAACAGCAUCGAUGUAAAGCUAUACUGUUUCCUGUGCACUGUGUGUUAGAACAUUAAACAUCAAUCUAAUAGUUCCUAGAUAACAACAGGAGUGAAUGGUUUUGACUGUAUUUUCCUUUUCAGCAAAAUAUCGUUUUGUUUGCUAUUACUAUUACCUAAUAAAAUGAGUAUACAUUCUAUAAUCAA